GGUCGAUACUGACGCCGGGAGCACAGCUGGCCAGGAAAGAGGAGGGCGCGCUGCUAUUGGUUGAGAGCGGGAUGCCGGCUGGGCUCCGAUUGGCUGAGAGCAUGGGCAGCUCAACCGGGCGAGAGGAGUAGGAGAAGGAACAGAAGGAAACAAGCCUGUCCUGAGCCGGCGCUUCGGGGUCAAAAGAGCCCUGUGGGAGCUGAGAUCCAGAAAAAAAGAAUGGCAGACUUUCCUGAUGUGGCUUCUGUGGCCACAAAACUGAAAAAUACAGUCAUCCAGUACUACAACAUUGAUGAGAGUGAAUGGAGAGUCGCUAAGAAAACAAAGGAUACAAUGGUUUGGCGUAAGCCAUCAGAAGAAUUCAGUGGAUAUCUCUACAAAACACAAGGAAUUGUAGAAGAUGUCACCAACCGAAUAGUAGAUCACAUCCGCCCUGGACCUUAUCGGCUACAUUGGGACAGCCUGAUGACCACAAUGGAAAUCGUUGAUGAGUUUGAAGAGAAUUGCUGUGUAAUGCGCUAUACCACCGCUGGGCAACUCUGGAACAUCAUUGCCCCAAGGGAGUUCAUCGAUUUCUCCUGCACAACAGACUAUGAAGAUGGGCUUCUCUCGUGUGGUGUCAGCCUGGAUUAUGGAGAAGUAAGACCAAAUUUUGUCAGAGGUUUUAACCAUCCCUGUGGCUGGUUCUGUUUCCCACUCAAGGACAACCCCAGACACAGCCUGUUGAUGGGCUUCAUCCAGACCGACCUGCGUGGGAUGCUCCCCCAGUCUGCAGUGGACACAGCUAUGGCUAGUACGCUGGCUAACUUUUAUUCCGAUCUCCGUAAAACUCUGAAAGCAUGAGCCUUCAGCUCUAUAUGUUAGCUUGCCAUCCUCCUCUGUUCCACACUGUAGAUGUUUCAAACCAGAGCUUAGGAUAGUUAUUUUAUGGACCUUAAAUUAGAAAAAUUCUUUUCUAAUCAGUGUUUCGAAUGGAAAAUUUUUGGAAGUUUCCUGCAUGAAGGUCUCAUAUAUUCCGUUGUGGUGUCUUUGGGCAUAGACCAAUUGGAUACAUGCUUGUUCUGAUGUAAGAUUGGUUGAGUUCCCUGAGACCCAUUUCUUGAGAAGCCUUCUUCUUGCUCCUGAAGAAAAAACCCAAAUAAUGUUCCCAGAGCAUGUCUGGGAAAUGCCUUUGCUCCAAGGCAUGAUUAAGGUGUUCAUUACUUUGUUUUCUAAAAUCUAUGCUCCUCUGAAGCUUUUUUGUGUCAGGAGUGACUUGAGAAACUGCAAGUCACUUCUGGUGUGAGAGAACUGGCUGUCUGCAGGGGACACCCAGAUGUUUUACCAUCCUUCUCUCAUGUCCCCGCAUGGGGAGCUGGAGCUCUGCUCCCCGGAUUUGAACUGCUGACCUGUUGCACCCAUUGCGCCACUGGGGCUCCUCCUUUCAAGCUGAAUUAGUAGGAAGCAUGCUUUCACCUUCUUAAUUUGAAGAUGAGCCUCUACUUCCUUGGCAUCCCAUUAUCACAGUGACCAGCCAAAUGUUUUGGCUGAAAUUCAAAACUCACUGUACUGUGGACAUUUAGUCUAGAGCAGCUGCUAGCUCUUACAAAUCCCUCUGCUGGAUUGGAGUCUUUUGUGUCCACUUGCUAAUGAGAUGUGUACGUUUUGAGACAUCCACCAUGUGGGUAGGGAUUGGAAAAGCUGCUUUUGGGAACUGUAAGUCUUUGAAUCCACAGGCGGUGUCAAGAAGGUUAUUUCCCCCAGCUUAUGGAUUCAUGUUUCCCUACAUUGCACUAUACAUAGGAAUGUGUACUCCCAAUUGCAAUUUUGGACUGCAUGUGUAUUGUUACCUAUGGCCAAAAAAGCAGGAAGGGGGGAGGAGAAAAACAAGACUGCCUGGUUUAUAUUUCACAAUGGGUUUUCAUGGCUAUAAACCCACUUCUUCAGACACAAUAAAAACAUUAAUAUUAAAUGUCCGGUUGUAAAUCAUAUUUAUACAGUUAUGGGACUGGGAUAGAAUUUACACAUUCCCACAACUGUAUAAAUAUGUAUUAUAACGAGCCUUUAAUAUAAGUCUACUGCUUCUAAAGUCAUGGGUUUAUGCCUACCAAAUCUCAUCUAAAAUGAAAACCAGUUAGUCCUAAAGAUGCUGCCAAAUUUCUCCCCCCCCCCGACUUUUUAUGCUGCAAGAAACUGAUGCAACUACUAUUUUGAAAGUUAUCUGUGACUGUAUCUGGAUUCAAAUAUAAGUAUUUUCACAACACUAGCAAACAGACAACACAGAUGAAGCUUAAUAUGACAAAAAGCACAAGGAGUUUUGAUGAUAGAAAUCAUCUUGACUUUUGAUGGCAAAAGUCAUUGAUGCAUACCGUAAUUUUAAAUAUAAUUAAAAUAAGAUUGUAAUUUUAAAGUUACAAAGAAAUCUACAUUUAGGGUGCUUAAUUCAGAUCUUGGGCAUUAUAUAGUUUGCUAAAUUUAUUAUUUGGUGUUUGCCUUCAAGUCAUUUCCAACUUAUAGUUGAUCUUAAAACAAAUCUGUCAUAGUGUGGGAUUGCCUUUGCUUUCUUCUGAGACUGAGAAUGUGGGGCCCCUUACACACAGCUGAAUUUUCUGCUUUGAGGUGAAAUAUAUGGCAGCGUGGACUCAGAUAACCCAGUUAAAAGCAGAUAUUGUUGGAUUUUCUGCCUUAAUAUUCUGGGUUAUAUGGUUGUGUGGAAGGACCCUGGGAUUGCCCGAUAUUACCCAGUGAUUGAGUAAAGAUUUGAACAGUUUAUUAUAGGAUCAAAUGUGGAUGCUUGCCCAGAGGAGGGUAACCAAAAUGGUCAGAGGUCUGAAAGCCAUGCCCUAGGAGGAACAGCUUAGGGAGCUGUGUAUGUUUAGCUUGGAGGUUAGUAGGUGACUUGAUACUCAUGGUUCAAUGUCAUAUUGAAGAUGGAGCAAGCUUGUUUUCUGUUGCUUCAGAGACUAGGACAUGAUGGAUUGAAACUUCAGGAAAAGAGAUUCCAACUGAACAAUUUCCUGAUGGCAAUAAUCAUAAUACACUGCUUUGGAGUAUGGUGGAAUCCCUUUCUUUUGAGGUUUUUAAACAGCCUAGAUAGCCAUCUAUUGGGACUUCUUUGACUGGGAGGGGAUGGGAGGGAAUUGGACUUUGAUGGUCCUUGUGAUCUCUCUCCAGCGCUGUGAUUCCAAAUGUACAUCACAUAGUAUGCACCUAGGAAUAAAUAUGCAGGAACCUGCUUUUUAUCAGAAAAUAAUGUGUCCUAAGAUCAGACCAAAGGUCUGAAUAUUCCAGCUUUCUGUCUCCCACAGUAUUUCACCAGUUACCUCUGAGAAGUCCUUAAGCAGGGCAUGAAGGCAAUAGCCUCCUCCUGUAAUUCUCCCUUAGCAAUGGAUGUAUAGAGGCACAUUGGCUGUCUCUUAUUCUGGAGGUAUUGCAUAGCUAUUAUGACUAGUAGCCACUAAUCCCUCGUGUAUUUGUCAACUGUUCUUUUAAUACUACCUAAAUGUAGUUGUGGAGAGACAGACUGAUGUAGUGCUUUGAGUGUUAGCCAGAAACUCCAGGAGAUUAGAGUUCAAGUCCUUGUUUUGCUAUGAAAACUCAUUGGGUGACCUUGGGGCAAGUCAGUCUCUCACUCUUGGAAGAAGGUAAUAACAAAUCUUGCUGAGCAAACCUUAGUAGUUUGCCUUAGAGUCACCAUAUAUUGGAACUGACUUGAAGGCACACAGCAAUCGCAACAAGCCUAGUGUCUGGCUAUAACUUCUAGAUUGGCAGCAAAUAUCCAUGUCUCAUGGUCCAGCACAUGUUUUCUUUAUGGGAUGUUUGAUAUAGAGUUGAGCAAACUGGCCUUGGUCAUCUGGCAUUAGAGAACAGAAAUAAAAUGGCCUUCUGCUGUUUUUUCUUCUUCAAGAAAGGGACAGGAAUGUGCUUGCAGUGUGUGCUUACUGCAUAGCAAAUGCAAAGGGAAUGCCUUUGAUAAAACUCAGGUAAUGGAUUGUAAAUAGCAAAACUGCUGUAAAAUAGUAGUAUAUACUAUAUUCAGAAGUGAUUUCUUCCACGGUUAACCAGGAAAAUGGCUCUGCAGAAUUAUGUAUGGCUGUUAAGGCACUCUGGUUAGCUAUAGAGUAGCCUAAGUAUGCUAAAGGAUCCCAUCUGAUCUUGGAAUCUGGGCUGGCCCUGCUUAAUACUUGGAUGGGAGGCCCCAAAUGAAUUCUGUAUGCAGAAAAAUCUUAUUUAAGAGAAAGGAACUGACACAAUCACCUCUGAGUACUUCUUGAACUAAGAAAACCCUAUGAUAUUCAUGGGGACACCAUAAGUUCUGCAUUUGUGAGGAUGCCUGUGGCUAUAUACUUCUCUGGGGAGCCUGCCAGCUACCCACUGAUAUCUUGCAAAUGAAGAAGCAGAAGUGCUGUAGUUUCCAUCUCGAAUUCAGAAAUGAGUGGCAAGUAGGGUCCCAGAGGAGAGGAAAACCCCGAGCAUUGUGCCUGCUGGCUGGGGUUUGCUGCCACUUCUGCUGCUGCCCUGUGCCAUUUUAGAAAUAAGGCACUCUGGCAUCCACGUUUGUUUUGGUAUCCACAUAGGGUUCUGGAAUAAAACCUCAGCAGAUACUGAGGGUCCACUGCAAUCUAAUAAAGUAUAUUUCCAAGUUCUGGUUUCACUUUGAAAGAAAAGCAAUAGUAUUAAAGAGUAGUGCUUAGCCUUCUUACUGAUCAGAACACAAAAGGAGUUGCACGUUCAUAGGACUGGUCCAGUAAGAAUGAGGAACACUCUCUUUCUAUAGAUAUAUAGGAAUGUGUGUUUUAAAGGGCUGGACAUGUUUAAAUAUGCAAAUAAAUGAUUGUUUUUACUCUUGGUUGUUUCCUAAUCCUGACCUAAGAGAUUUUGUUUCAAAAGGGAGCACUGGCUGGUGACUUCCAUGGCAGUAAAAUAGUAGUCUGGACUUUGCAGGAACUCUCCAAGGUGCUGAACUUAUUUUCAAGACCGGCGUUGCCAUUUUGGGUAGCUUAUUUAAAGUUUGGAGAGACCUCCUAGAAUGGAUUCACUAUUACAACAACAUAGGACCCCUUAUCCAUAUUUUUCAAAAAUUAAAAAAAUGAUAGAGAGACCUGUAGUCCUGUUUCCAUACCUAGUUUUAAUCCUUAAGAGACAAAACAUAAUUUGCCAUUGGAUAUAUUUUAUUAAAAUGUGCAUUAUUAUUAUCAGCAACAAAAAUACCUAUUUCAGAAGGUAAUAUAGUGAAGCAUGUGGAUAUAUUUAAAAGCAGCUGUAGCUAUUAAAAGUAGAAAGGUAUUGCAAUGUAUUUAAUAAGAGUGUGUUCUCUUUCAAUAGGACUUCACAGUGCUUACCUUUAACUGAAUGGCACUCAGAGUUUAAAUAUAGGUUUAUCAUAGUAUUUAUGAAUCUAUUCUCAGGAAAAUAUUUUCCUAUGGCUCCUAUUCAGGGUCCAGAAAGAAUUCAUCCGAGAAGUUCAGUAGAAUGUGAUCUUCUGACAGUUUUGUGAUGACUUUUUAAAAUUAUUAGUAUGCUUAGAUGAUUUGAACAGAUGUUUUAAAAUUCACUUGCUGGCCCAAGUGACCACAAUUUGGCUUAAGGCAAGGAAACUGCUUCUGGCUAUCAAAACGAUGCCUCCGCUGGGAAAACUGUUUGAGGAUUGUGGUAUAUUUUUAUUCUGUGCUAUAAUUAGUAUGCAAGUAUUUAUAUGAGGUGUAUAUGAUGUACAUUAAAGUAUUAAGUUCAAAAUAUUUUGUCUUUUUUUUCAAAAUAAAUAAAACAGGCGACCAGCACCAGACAUACA